CCAAUGGCACAGUGGGAACGGCUGAAAAAAUAAUUACCUGCCCUGAUUGUUCUAUGAGCAGAUAAAAAGUACACAUACACUUCAUACAAUAAUCUUAUGAAUGUAAAAGAGGGGGCGAGCGAACCAUGUCGGCUUCGGGCCCCAUCAGCAACUACUACGUGGACUCGCUGAUCGGCCACGACAACGAGGAGCUCUUGGCCUCGCGGUUCGGCGGCCCCGGCGCCGCUCGCCCCGCAGGAUUAGUGCCGGACUGUGGCGACUUCCCCUCGUGCAGUUUCGCCCCCAAACCGGCCGUUUUCACCACCUCGUGGGCCCCCGUGCCCUCGCAGCCCUCGGUGGGCUACCCCCACCCGCACCCCCCGCCCCCGUACGGGCCGCAGGCGGCCGAGCCCAGGUACGUGCGGACUUGGCUGGAGCCGCUGGCCGGGGCCGUGUCCUUCCCGGCCUUCGGGGCUCGGCCCUACGGGCUCAAGGCGGACGCUUUUGGGGGGAGAAGGGCGGAGUGCGGCCCCUCCGACGGCCGCGGCUACGCGGAUUUCAUGUACGGGGCUCCCGGGGAGCUGCGAGACAGAGCGGCGCAGACAAUUCCGUCUUCCCCGGAGUCCGAAGCCAUCGCUUCCAGCAAACACAAAGAAGAAAAGCACGAAUUAGACCCCAACAACCCCGUGGCAAAUUGGAUUCACGCGCGCUCCACGAGGAAGAAACGAUGCCCUUACACAAAAUAUCAGACCCUGGAACUGGAAAAAGAGUUUUUAUUCAAUAUGUACCUCACGCGGGACCGGAGGUACGAAGUGGCGCGGGUGCUGAACCUCACGGAACGCCAGGUCAAAAUCUGGUUUCAGAACAGGCGAAUGAAAAUGAAGAAAAUGAAUAAAGAGAAAAGCGAUAAGGAACAGCAAUGAGAAAGUUUGGCGGAGAGAAACGAGGGUGGAGAGGAAAAAAAAAGAAAAAAAAAAAAACCAGCAAAAAAAAAACCGAAAAAAAAAACCAGAAAAAAGAGGGGAAAAAAGAGGAUAAUGAUGAUAAAAAAGGGGUGAAACGUUUCUGACUUUGAAUGUGCGGAUGAAUGUUUAGCGUUAGAGGUCUGGGGACUCGAGGCUGUUCUAAAAUGCGACUGAAAAGAGAAAAAAAUAAUAAAAGCAAGAUGCCCGUGGGGGGUUUGGUUUUCUCUUCCUUUCUUCCGCCUUGCUCUGCCCUCAGCAAAAGCGACACGAGAAGUACUUGAAUUUUUAUUUUUGUUUUUUUAUUAUUAUUAUAUUUUAUUUCCUAA